CGUCGCCCCCUCCUUGCGGAGGGAGCCCCGCCGGCCGGAGGCAUGGGCUGCAUAGGCUCCAGGACCGUAGGAAAUGAAGUGAUUGCUGUGGACUGGAAAGGGCUGAAAGAUGUGGACCAGAUCAACAUGGACAGCACCAGCUCACUCCAUGGCAGCAGCAUCCACCGGCCCUCCAACGAGCAAACACGGACAGAUUUCUCCUGGGAUGGCAUUAAUCUUUCCAUGGAAGACACAACCUCCAUUUUGCCCAAACUGAAGCGAAACUCCAAUGCAUACGGGAUCGGAGCGCUUGCUAAGUCUUCUUUCUCUGGCGCCUUAGGGAUGUCUCGCAGCAUGAAGGAUCACGUCACCAAGCCCACUGCCAUGGGACAGGGCCGCGUUGCGCACAUGAUCGAGUGGCAGGGCUGGGGCAAUGGCAGCAGCCAGCAGCAGCAUCACACUCACGAAACGGUGCGGAAGGAUGCCGACGCUUACUCCGACCUGAGCGACGGCGAGAAAGAAGCACGGUUCCUGGCAGGGGUGAUGCAACAGUUUGCUAUCUCGGAAGCCACCCUCAUGGCCUGGUCUUCCAUGGACGGUGAAGAUAUGAGCGUCAACUCCAACCAGGAGAACCAAGCUGGCAACUACAAUGAGAACUACCAAGAGAUAAUGGAGAACCAGGAUCAACUGGCCCAGGCACAGUAUGACAGCUGGCCACACUCUUACGUCUCACAAGGCAUGUACUGCCUGGGUUCGUCUGAUGCCUGGGAGACCAGUGACCAGUCCCUCAUUGCUUCCCCAGCUACUGGUUCCUAUCUUGGCCAGAACUUUGAAGAGUCCCAGCCCAACCUGCAGGAAAGUGUUCUUAUUCAGAACAACCUUAUCCAGCAGCACCAAUUACUACAGCUACAGCAGCAGCAGCAGCAGCAGCAGCAGCAGCAGCAGCCACAACCGCACCAGCAACUGCAACAGGCCCUGCUCCCCAACACUGGCCUUGUGGAUGUAUGGCCUGCUCAGACUGUUCCUAGCGGUGGUAGCAGUGCUGAAUCCAGCCCCUUUGUGGGAGUUCACACAGAGGAGGAAGAGAAUCCCUUGCUGGAGAAAGCCCCACUGUUGAACAAGAAGCCCUCACCAGAAGAGGACGAUGUUGUGUGCCGGGACCUGGAGUCCCUCUCGCCUCGGGAGGAGCCAGAACCUGCUGCCCUCAGCCGCAAGGUCUCUGAUGUUACCUCAUCCGGAGUGCAGUCUUUUGAUGAGGAGGAAGGCGAAGCCAACAACUGAAGCUGCCGUUGAGGAACCCUUUGCCAUUAUGCAUGGGAAACACGGGUGGGGGAAAGUGACCGGGAAGCCCCUCCCCAGCUCCUAAACUCCCCAGGCGCACUAGCACACUUCUUUGUUUUUAGUUGUAUGGAAAGGUAAGCCAAGGACCAAAUGUGCUGGGCACUGCUAAGUCCCCUCCCCCACCUGCACACGUUGGGCUGAACCUUCAAGACCUACUGCCUUGGACACCCAGGCACAGGGAGCUCAGGGAAUGCAAGACAGUGGCAUCGCGUGGACAUGGCUGACCGUGGAG